AUGGUGAUGCUACGAUUGACAGCGGAGCAGUACAGGAAGCUUCCCAUCCUGGUGGACAAGUCGACGUGCGUGGGGAAGACGUACAUUAUCACCGGAGGUAACUCCGGAUUGGGCUUGGAGACUGCCCGCCACCUCGUGGCCGCCUCCGCCGCGACGGUCGUCCUGGCCGUGAGGAAUCUGGGCGCCGGAGAGGCGGCCAAGGCAGACAUUGAGAAGUCGACGGGACGCAAGGGCGUCGUACAGGUGCGGCACUUGGACCUGUCAACCUACGCCGCCGUUCAGACCUUUGCCAAGGAGAUGUCUCAGGAGCUAGACAGGAUCGACGGCUUCGUCUGCAACGCUGGCAUCAUGAUCGACCAGUGGGAGACUUUCGAAGGCGUUGAGAGCAGCAUCUUCGUCAACGUCGUCAAUACCCUGUUCCUCGGGGCCCUGAUGAUGCCCAAGCUGAGCGAGAGCGCACGCAGGUUUGGCAUCAAGUCGACACUUGUCUUCAUCGUCAGCGUGCUGGGGUACACCGUCAAGGCCGAGAUGGACAAGAGCCGCAGCGGGGGCGUCUUUGACGGGCUCAACGACCAGAAGCGUGCAAACAUGGACUCGAGGUACGCUCUCACAAAGCUCGUCGAGGAAUGUGCCGUCCGUCAGUUCGCGGCCCAGUUUCCCGUAGACCGUACGGGCGUCGUCAUUACCAUGGUCGCCCCCGGUCUCUGCACCACCGGUUUGGGACGCGAUGCGAGGACCUUCACCAAGAUCAUGCACGAGGCGGUCCGCGCCAUGAUGGCCCGCACGGCCGAGGUCGGCAGCCGCACCAUCCUACACGGCCUGGUGGUCGGCGAGGAGGGCCACGGAAAGCUUCUGUCGGGCUGCAAGAUCAAGGAAUUCUGGGUGCCGGACUGGCUCAGCAACGACGAGGGCCAGCGCUUGCAAAAGACGAUAUGGAAGGAGCUUGUCGCCAAGCUGGAACAGGUGCAGCCCGGAUGCAUUACUCAGAUUUCCUAG